CCUCAAUUCCAGACUUUUUCGCGCUGCUUGAUACGAAAAUUAUAAUACUGCCCCUCCAGUCAAGCUUUUGGGAGUAUCUGCAUUGUUGCUUUAUUAUCAGUGCCGGGCAUGGUACGUGAAGGCUGAAUGCACUAAAAGAAUUCCCGCCAAUAUUGCGUCCGGACAAAGCUCUGUAGGGUUGCAUAGGCGACAGUCACCCAACCACCAGCGGCGUAAGGCUUGAGGCGCGCAGAUAUAUUCAUCUUGACAGCCGCCAUGUUUGAGAUACCAGAAGCCAAGAGAGUUCGGAGGGACGAACUCUUUGACAACUCCGGUUCGGAGUCUGAGGAUGGAAACCGCGACGAGGCCGCCGCGGCAGCUGCCCAGGCAAAGCUGCAAGAACAGUUGUCGUCGCUGAUUACCUUUGACGCCCCAGCCCCGCCGGAGCAGGACGGACCGGCCGACGAGGCAGAGCCCGCGGCGGCAGAGGAGGUCUUUGAGUUCAAACUGUUCGCGACGUCCAAGGGCGGCGCCGCGACCGCCAGCAGGGUCGUGCUCGCGGCUCAGGAGGAUCCGACGGCGGCCCACGACGCCGGGGACGCCGGUGGGUUCGUGGUGGCCCGUCGACCGCAGAGCUACUACGUCGCGGGCCCGCCGACGGCCGAGCAGCAGGCGCAGUUCGAGGCCGCGGCGGUCACGGGCGAGCAGAUCCUGGCUGCGGCGGGCCAGCGAUGCUGGGGGUGGGAGGUGCCGUGGAGAGUGACCAAGAUUGUGGUCUCUUCGUCGAAAUGUACGGCUGCUGCUGCGGUCAAGAAGGAAAAGUCUGGGGAUGCGAGCAAGAAAAGGAGGCGCCCUGGCAAGAGAAAGAGGAUAGCAAUCCGGAUAAAAACGAAAAAGGCAAAGGAGCUGGACAAGGAGAAACAAACCAAGGAGGAGCACCUCAAGGCCAAAAAGAAGCGUCUCAACCGGGAGAGGCAGCUCAAGAGGAGACAAAAGGAGAGGGAAAAGAAACAGGCUAUGCGGGCGGAUGGGGAUGGUGAUGGAUCAGUGCAGGGUGCAGGUGAGGCUGCUCCUGCGUCUGGCGAUGCAAUGUCAGAAUGAUUAUUGGUGAUAUAUUUAAUUAAUUUGAGCGGUC